UCUCUCUCUCUCUCUCUCUCUCUCUCUCUCUCUCUCUCUCUCUCUCUCCGCCUUUGUCUCAAACUCGAGCUUGGUCGGCACAGAACAGUUGUCGCAUAACAUGAACCUGAAAGUCCAAGCAAGAGAUCGCAGUCUGAGGCUGGGAGCACAGGAUGAUAGUCUAUUAGUAGAAGGAACCCCCUUGCCUACGCCGCAGCACCUUCCCUCAAUUUACCUGAGCAGUUCAGCAACUCAACAUGGGAAGAAGAAGAAGAAAAAAAAGAGUCGGCUUGUUCACCAUUCGUGUCGCCGACCCAAUUAAGGCUACUAAAUGAUACUCUUAAUUAUUAUCAUUGUCCUGUCGCUGGAUCUGGCCGGUGCAAUUGCGAUGCAGGAUGUCUAUAUAGACCGGUGUACACGGAGUUCUUCGCAGGAACUUGCAAGAAAUAUUUCUCAAGGCUAGCUCGGGAGUGUCUAAGAUGGAAGCAGCAGACGAGGAGAGGCCACUUCUGAACCACCGUUGCCUGCCUCCACAGCCGCAGGACGAGUGUUCAAGAUACACCAGUGAUGGAACAGUUGAUGUCUACAGACAGCCUGCUCUCAAGCAGAGCACCGGCAACUGGAGAGCAUGCGUCUUCAUCCUAGGCGCCGAAUUCAGCGAGUGCUUGUGCUUCUUCGCCGUCUCCAAGAACUUGGUCACCUACCUCACGACGGUGCUCCACGAGAGCAACGUCGACGCCGCGAGGAAUGUGUCCACCUGGGUCGGCAGCUGCUUCAUCACGCCGGUCGUCGGAGCUUUCUUGGCCGAUUCUUAUUGGGGACGAUACUCGACAAUUGCAAUCUUCCUCUCUGUUUACAUCUUUGGGAUGCUCAUCAUGACAUCAUCGACGGCGCUUCCCUGGCUCCUGCCUCGUUUUUCCGACGAGAGCAGUGGUGUCCAUCGCGCCGCCGUAUACCUGGGGCUCUACCUUGUCGCCCUCGGCACCGGCGGGAUCAAGCCCUGCGCCACGGCCCUGGGCGCCGACCAGUUCGACGUUGCCGACCCGGCGGAGCGGGUGGCCAAGGGAUCCUUCUUCAACUGGUACUACUUCUCGAUCAACAUCAGCUCGCUGCUGUCGGCGACGUUGCUCGUAUGGGUGCAGGACAACAUCGGGUGGACCGUCGGGCUCGCGAUCCCGACGGUGCUCAUCGGGUUCGGCCUCGCCGUAUUCGUUGCCGGCGGGAAGAUAUACAGGUACAAGCCACUGGGAGUGGGAGGUAGCCCGCUGACGAGGGUCUUCCAGGUGGUUGUCGCCGCCGCAAGGAAUUGCCGUCUCGAGCUGCCCGAUGAUGCCUCGGCCCUGCACGAACAUGGCGGGGCGGAGCAUACCAGUCAAUUCAGGUUCUUUGACAAGGCUGCGAUCGUGAUGCCGUCGACGGAGAAGAAGGGCCCGUGGCGGCUCUGCGCGGUGUCGCAGGUGGAGGAGCUGAAGAUGCUGCUGCGGAUGUCCCCCGUCUGGGCGUCGACGCUGGUCUUCUUCGCGGUCACCGCGCAGAUGUCGUCGACGAUGAUCGAGCUGGGGAUGGCCAUGGACAACCGCGUCGGCACCUGUGUCGUGCCGCCGGCGUCGAUCUCCACCUUUGACAUUGUCAGCGUCCUCGUCUGGGUUCCCAUCUACGACGCCGUGCUGGUGCCGCUCGCGCGGCGCGUCACCGAUCAGGACAGGGGCUUCACGCAGCUGCAGCGCAUCGGCGUCGGCCUUGCUCUGUCCGCGGCCGCCAUGGCGUACGCCGCGUCGGUCGAGACGAGGCGGCUGGCGGCGGCGCCGGAGACCUCGAUGAGCAUCAUGUGGCUGGCGCCGUGCUACUUCGUGCUGGGCGCGGCCGAGGUGUUCACCAGCAUCGGCAUGCUCGAGUUCUUCUACGACCAGUCCCCGGAGUCCAUGAAGAGCCUGGGUGUGGCGCUCGCGCAGCUCGCCGUCGCUGGCGGGAACUACCUCAACUCUGGCCUGCUCGGCGCCGUCGCGUCGGCCACGGGGUGGAUCCCGGACAACCUCGACCAAGGCCACCUUGACUACUUCUUCUGGUUCAUGGCGGCUCUCAGCGUGCUUAACCUGUUGCAGUUCGUCUACUGCCACUAGUAGAAAAAGAGGCUUCCGUCCAGCCCCAUUAGUCGCGAAACUGUAGGAACCGCGACUAAUGAAGUCUUUAGUCGCGGUUCGGCAGACGAACCGCGACCAAAGGCUUGGGCCAGGGCGCUCGGUGGCCAGCUGGUGCACGUGAG